GUUUGCAGCAACGCCAUUAUCGGUUUCACUUGUGUUUAUCGAUGCUAAAGUAGUAAUUGAACCAGCUUGUCCACGCUAUGUAAAUCUGCCGAAAAUAGUUUUCAGUAAUUUCAGGAAAAGUGAUGUCUCGACUGGUCAAGAAAUCACCAGCGCUUUGCACAGAUCUGCCUUUGGAAACGAGUGACAUCUUGGGCAAAAUUCAUCUUCUUGGUCAGCUUCUCAGAUCUUGUUUUGGUCCCUCCGGAAGACUGAAACACGUCCACAACAACAUUGGAGGUCAAGUUGUGACCACGUCAACGUCAUCGCUGCUUCUGCCAUCUAUUUCUUCGUCACGGCCUUUCCUAAAUCUAAUUUUAGCUUCCAUUCACAAUCACGUUCGUCGUUUCAGUGACUGCGGUUUGUUUGCAGCCAUUGUUUGUGUGACACUUAUUGAACGAGCCGAACAGUUUGGUCUCAGAAGAAAGGUGACCACCGUUGUGAACAAACACCUGUUGGGUCUGUGCACCAAUUACCUUCAACAAGAGGCUUGUGGUUGCAAAGUGAACCUGGACUUUUGCAGCAGCCAUAACUUGAUCACGUUGGCUCGCAGUGUGCUCUGCAGCAAACCAGCAUGUAUGCUAACAGGGCGUGAGGCACUUCACAUCAGCAAGUUAGCAGUGCAGUCAUUUUUACUAACAGUACCUUCUAACAGCAACGACAUAGUAACACUGGGCAUGACACUUAUUGUGACUAUUGAUGGUCUUCCUGUAAAUGACUCUGCAGUGUUUCCAGGCUUAUUACUAGACGUGCCGGAUGGCUAUGAGGGUUUGGAUACGAGGAAUCCCCCCUCUAAUCCCUUGUGUAUGGUAUUGUUCAGUACAUCCCUUGCUGGAGAUCUUUCUGAACUAGGAGAUGGAACGAUUGAGGUGCAAAGUAUUGCAGACACGGACUCCGACAUCUUGAAUCAGCUCCUUGAGAUUGGCAGACAGGUGGUGAAAGAUGGUGUAAAGCUAUUUGUGUGCCAGAGGGUCAUCCACCCGGUCUUGCAGCAAAACCUGAGGAGUCAUGGUGUCAUAGUCAUAGAGAGAGUGGGGCUCAAUCUCAUGCAGCCUCUUACUCAACUCACAGGGUCUCAGCCUGUGGCAACAUUGCACACAACCAUCCCUCCCAAGGCCUAUGGAAAGGUGGGGAAUAUAAUUUCUAGACAGUUUGGAUCCAAGACAAUGCUGCAAGUACAUCCUGCAGGAGAGUCGGUGAUCUGCACCACAGUCCUCUGUCACAGGAACGCGACAAUGUUAAAUGAACUGAAGGUAGCGUACCACAAGACAGAACAUGUGUUGCGUCUCACCCUGAAGGAACCGUUUGCUUUACUUGGUGGUGGGUGCACCGAGACCCACUUAGCUGCUUACAUCAGACAUCAGUGUGACACCACUGGAAGUGCGUCAAUGUUAGACUGCUCGCAGACAGAAUACUGUCUUGGAGUGGAGGCUUUCUGCAGCUCUCUCGAGUCGGUGGCUACAUCGCUACAACACGACAGUGAGACUUCUCUUAUUGAUCUGAUUAGUGCUCACCAUUGGACUCUGCCAGUGGACACGUUGCAAGAGGACACGGAGGCUUGCUUGAACAACUGUGGUUGCGGAUUGAUGAAAAGCAGCCAAACUCACAAGUGGAGUCACUUGAACACUAAAUACCCAGUGUUCUCCCCGGUGUCACCCUCUAGAGGCGAUAACGUGAAGCCAUCCGUGCUGGACUCUUUCACAGCAAAGCUUAACGCUUUACAAGUUGCUGUAGAAACUGCAAAUGUUGCUCUCGACGUGCGAUAUAUAAUACAAGAUACGAAUUAGCCCAAAAUAGCAAUAGUGGUUUGUGACGAGCAAAUCAUGGUGUGAAGUCCCAUUUAACAGUAGUACUAAGUACGGCUGCAACUUAUCUUAAAUUUUCUUAGUCGAUUAGUCUGAAGCUUGUUGUUUGGAGUAAUCAGUUAGGCCCUAGAUAUGAACAGUUAGUAGUUCGGUCUGCAACAUACCAGUAAAGAUGCAAAAAUGGCAAUCACCAUUUUCCAAAGGCAAAGCUAAUGUGUGUGAAAGUCUUGUUUUGCCUAAAACACAAAGAUAAUUAAUGUCUGCUUUCAUGGAUACCUAAGGAAAUUUAAAAAAUAUUCACAUUUAAGAGGUUUAAGUAAGAGCAUAUUAACAUUUUUACAUAAAAACAAUUAAUCAAAUACCACAAUAGUUGUCGAUAAUUGAAUAAUCGAUUAAUUGUUGCAGCUCUAGUCCUGAAUAUAAACAUAACCCGGCUGGUCUGGCGCACGCCCAGGGAUGGAACCGUGGUCUACAAAUGACCAGCAUUAGCCCUCAAGCUAAAAGCCCGAGCUGUCAACUUGUCAUCCUGUGCAGCUCUUUUAAGGCGUCAGGGUGUGGCGUUAAAGGCUGAAUUGUGCUCCCGCGGCACGGUGUAAGCGACACCGGCUGGCCCUCUCCAAACCUAAAAAACAAAAAUUCAAACGUCCGAUCAACGACGACGCAAAUCACAGGGCUGUGAUUCGUCAGCUUUUUUUGUACAUCUUUUGCAGUUUUUCCCUCUCACAGAAGCGGCAAAAAGGCCGCCAUAACAAAAGGAGGAAGUUGAGGAGCGUCUCAAGAGAAAAAGUUGGCAAAUAUGAACACCUAUAUAAUACUGUGUCCUGAUAGAGUAGUGGAGUCUGACGCUCUUUUUAAGUUUUAUUGCCAAGGUUAACACCAACAGUAGUUCCAGCACAGCUCGCACACACGUCUCUUCCUCUCCACACUCAGCGACGUGAUGAAUAACAUUCACAGUGAGGUGCAUUCACAAAUGUUAGUUUUAUGUGGAUGUGGAUUUUAUGUGAAAACAUACUGUAGUUAAUCCCCUGAAUGCACAUUUUUCCUGAAAAUAUUGGUUAUAUUCCAUUAACAAGCGUUUGCCUUCAGCUUUUAGUGUCUUUCUGUUUUUAAAAUCAUUUUCAUGCUGUUUUUUUAUUAACGUUCUGGCUGGAUAGUAUUUUGUAGCAAGACUUUUAGAGCCAUACAGAGAAUGCACACUUUAAAUGUAUUGAAAUUACGAUGCACCCUUCGAGUAAACUUCUGAGUAUCAUUUCAGUGUCUCAUUGCCGGGCCAAGUGCUCUGGUUUUACGUUACAUAAACACUAGAUGUCGGCCCAGAGUGUAAAUGUGGGACUUUGAAAUUUGUCCCAGUUGUUUACAUCCAAGUUAUAAGUGUCAAACUCAAGGCCCGGGGCACACGUGGCCUGCAAAAGUCUGGGAAUAAUGUGUAUCAGUAAUGCACUUCACCUUUUUCCUUCUAAAUGUACAGUAUUUGUUCUUUGAUAUUGACAGAAAAAUUGUACUGUGUGCAGUUCUUCCAGACUUUAAUAUGAUCUGAUCAUGCAACAAGAUAAUCCAAGCGUUUUCUGUUGUCCAAAAUAAAUACUUGAACCAUUUGCUUGUCACCUUGACAUUCUCGCUUCACUUCUCAAAGCAAGGUGACCAUCAAUUUGUUAGUAAACAUAUAACAAUCAAACGGGCAAUUGUGUAUUAAUAUCAUGAGGUUACUGUAUAUCCACAUGUAUAUUCAUACAUACUGACAGUUACAAGUGGCCCUCUGAGGGCAGCCAUAACCGUGUGGCCCUCAAUGAAAGCAAGUUUGAUACCCCUGAUCUAAGUCAAACAAUUUCUGAAGUUUGCUCGCAGCUUCUUCUUUCUAAACACCAUAAAAUUCAUUCAGUCUCAGAUAUGUCUCCUGUUUUUAAGACUAGAGUGUAUCUUACACUUUCAUGCAUGACAUUUUCAACUGGACUCACUGUCGUGACCUUUUGAUUAUUUGUAUUCAGUUUUGGGGAGUAAAAUUAGCUUAAUACCGGAAUAAAAUAUAAAUCCAUGCAACACUUAUGUCAACUCUGAAAUACCGUGUUGAUUUUCUCACAGUAUAAAUGGAAUCAAAGCUUUUCGAUACUUUGGGUAGUUCUUGAAUUUCCUCUUGUAAUACCUACAAACCAGCAAAGGAAACAAACUGUCACUCAGUUGUUACUGUACAUAGUAUAGUUUGUGUAUAGUACCGCUAAGGUCCGAGUAGUUGUUACCUGUGAUGGUAAAUGGCUCUUGGUCCAAUGAAGCAUGCGGUAAACACAGCAAAUGAAAACGAUGGAAGGCCCCAAGUGGCCAUGGCGUAGCCAAACCACUCAAGAAUCUCUCCAAAAUAAUUUGCAGCAGACACAUAUUCAAAAAAACCACCUGCAGGAAAAUAGAACACCUACAUAUAAAUGACUCCACACACACAGUAGAUGCAUUAUGAGUUAUCCUUUGUAUAACCUGUUUCUUACCUGUAGGGACCUUAUAAUUGGCUUCCCCCGGUUUUCUCAACUUGCGUAAACUGUAGUCACUGUGAAUAUUGAUGGCCAUCCCCGUGUAAAACAGUAGUACGCCUAGAAGAAAUACACUUUAAAGACUGGAUCAUCGAAAGCCGUUUGUUUAUACAGUAUAUGUAUUUAAUAAAGACAGUGCAUAUUUUUCAACAUUUUCAUGUAAAUGCGCAAGAUUAUAUAGCCAAUGGCUAAUUUUCAUCUUUAGUCCCUGAGGGCAGGUUGAUGUAAAGUACAAUCACAAUAACAUUUGACAUAAAAUAAGAGUAGAAGGAACAAAACAAAGAAAGACUAGGCUAAUAAGCAUAAAACCGUGUGGACUUGACCAAACCACGAGUAUUACCUGCUAGUCUUCCUACAUG